CUUGACUGGAAUACACGGAUGAAGAUUGCUGCUGGUGCUGCCAAGGGAUUAGAAUACUUGCAUGACAAGGCAAGUCCUCCUGUUAUUUACCGGGAUUUCAAGUCGUCAAACAUUCUUCUUGGCGAAGAGUUUCAUCCAAAGCUAUCUGACUUUGGCCUUGCAAAACUUGGCCCUGUCGGUGAUAAAACCCAUGUUUCAACUCGUGUUAUGGGAACUUAUGGCUACUGUGCCCCAGAGUAUGCAAUGACUGGACAGCUUACAGUUAAAUCUGAUGUGUAUAGCUUUGGUGUUGUGUUCCUUGAACUGAUUACUGGUCGUAAAGCAAUUGACAACACCAAACCACAUGGAGAGCAAAACCUAGUGGCGUGGGCUCGUCCUCUGUUCAAAGACCGCAGAAAAUUUCCAAAAAUGGCUGAUCCGGCACUUCAGGGCCGCUUUCCUAUGAGGGGUCUGUAUCAAGCUUUAGCCGUUGCUGCAAUGUGUUUGCAAGAGCAAGCUGCCACUCGGCCUUUCAUAGGAGAUGUGGUCACUGCUCUUUCAUAUCUUGCUUCUCAGGCGUAUGAUCCAAAUGCACCCACUCAACAUAGUCGGAGCAAUGCAUCUACCCCCAGAGCCAGAGACCGUGGUAGUGUGAACGGCGACCAGCGGCGUAUCCGGUCGCCAAAUCACCAUUCUCCAGAUCUGAGGAGAAAAGAAGCCACAACAACAUCGAAGUAUGAAGCCGAGGUUAGCAGGAAUAGUUCUGGUGGUGGUUCUGGUAGACGAUCAGGCUUGGAUGAUAGGGAUGUGACAGGUUCACAACAGGGUAGUCCUGCUCAGGCAGGAAAGAGGAGGGAAACUUCAAGGACCUCUGAGAGGCAGCGUGCUAUUGCAGAGGCUAAGACAUGGGGUGAGAAUUCUAGAGAGAGGAAAUGGCCGAAUGCUCGGGGCAGCUUCGAUAGUACAAAUGAGUAGAACUCUGGAGCAGAAGGUCUGAGUCAUCAUUCUAGAAAGAGGAUGAGUCGCAAGCCAGUACCAAGCAGGGGACAGUUUAGGGACAUGGGGUUCGAUUUCGGUUCCAUGUUUAAUGUGAAUAGAGCUUUCCUUUUCUUUCCCGGCCAUCACCGCUGCUUCAUAGUUUCUCUCUUCCACACAAAUAUCACCACUGCAAUCACCAUCGACACGCCUAUUCCUGGCGUCCGUUCCUCGUGAAUGUGAUCAUGCAGAUGUGCCUUCAUCAUCAUGGCAUGAACGACAUCUGGCUGGAAAGUUAGUAAGCAAAGGGGAGAACUGUUCUGAGGAGGACACGAUCCAAUCAAAUGAGCCUCUUCUGUUGCCUGCAUGCAUGACGGGUAUCACAGUUGUUCCGAGCGUAGAGCUUUAUUGUGAAGUCUGAGUACCGAGGGAUGUGAUGAUUUUUCUUUCCUCGAGGGUUUGUACCGAGGGGUUUUACCCAUGUUCCAUACGUCUGUAUUGUGACAUUUUUGUUUGUAUUGAGUUGUCAGAACACAUCCUUUGAUUUAUCUCUUCUGGCAAAGCCGUUGUGCCCCUUCCAUCUAAGCUGUGCAAAAUAUUUAGGAAGCUUGUUAGCUAUAUGCUCAAAUUUAUUUUU